CCCAUAAUCAAAGAUUUUUUGCUUACUUAUCUGCUUUCACAGGAGGUAUGCUAGUUUUAGUUUUUGGAGGGAAUUAUUUUGUAAUGUUUGUGGGUUGGGAAGCAAUUGGGGUAUUCUCCUAUUUGUUAAUUAAUUUCUAUUUUACAAGAAUACAAGCAAACAAAGCAGCUAUAUUGGCCUUUACUAUGAAUAGAACAGGGGAUAUGAUAUUAAGUAUCGGUUUCUUUGCCUUAUUUGGUUUAUUUGGGACUCUUAAUUACGAGUCUAUUUUUU